AUGCGCCUGAAAGAUGUAGCCACCUUCAGCGCGCUUGUUGAUUGCCUGUGCAACUUCCUCCACGAACAUACCGAAAAGUCUAAUGAUAUAAUAUCUCCCAUUUGCCCGCAGACUCGACCGCCUGGAGAGAACAAGGCCUUGAAAACGCUUAGCGUGAUGCUUCCUGGAAAUGUUAUAUCUGCACUAGAAGCUGGUGUUGUUAGUCGGUGGCUGACAUAUUAUCCCUUUCCUUGCGUCUUACGUGACAAGUCCAAAAAGCGGAGCAUUGUAUUCAUGAUGAAAACAUGGUGGGCGGACGAUCCGGCGAUGGGGUCUAUAGUAAAUACUUUAUCCUCGGAACCAGAAGGGCUGAAACACCUGAGAAAGUUUGGAUUAAUGGGAAGUAGAAUGGAAGAGCAUACCACAAGUCUAUUUGGUGAUGAGAUUCACGAUGAUGGAGAUGACCCCCUGAUUUACAGGGAGGAUCACCAGGCUUAUGACACUACCGACUCCGGCUCGGAUGCAGAUAGUGACGUGUGGAUGGUCGACGGUGAAGCGACAGCAGGUAUUUCACCAUGGCUUAAUAGCCGCCCACAGGAAACCUCCGCUGAAGAGCAAGCACUUCGCAGACGCCGCAGAGAAGCCAUGGUUUUCAGUGAAGGUAGCCGGCCGUUGGUUGCAGACAAUAUAUUCCACCCUGUUAGGUCUCCCGACUCUGACUUGCCGGAGGAGGACUGGGAGCUGGGAGACGACAACCCAUCCUGGGACACAGAAAAUUCCACUGAACUCGAUAUCCAAGAGAAUCCAGAACCAGAAUCCACUCGGAGUCAGUGGCUUUUAUGGCCUUUUUGA